UAUAAAAAAUGGCGGCGCCCAUCAACGUUGUUCCAAGGGAAAAUUAAACAUGAUUGCAUAUAAUCGUUGAUUGGGGUAUCACAGUUGAGUAACAUCAUGGCAAAUGACGGAAAUAACACGGUCCACGUUAACAAAGCUCCCACGAAAAGUCGCCUGAAAGGAGGUCUCAUCGUAGUUGGAGUAUCGGGAGCUGUCAUUGGUGGCCUUUAUGCAAUAGCAACACCCUUCAUCCUUCCAGCCUUCCGUAAGAUAUGCUUGCCAUAUAUUCCAGCCACAGAGAAGCAGGUCACCAAUGUCUUCAAGAUGCUGCAAAACUCUGGUAAGGCCAAAGGGUCUCUUGUGGAUCUUGGCAGUGGAGACGGGAGGAUUGUACUUGAGGCAGCCAAGAUGGGUUUACAAGCCACAGGGUAUGAGUUGAAUCCGUGGUUAGUCUGGUACUCCAAACUAACAGCACGACUUCAAGGAUUACAACCAAAGGCUGCAUUCUACAGAAGAGACCUCUGGAAGGUAGAUCUUACCAGGUACGACAGCGCCGUUGUAUUCGGAGUUCCACAAAUGAUGCCAAAACUGCAGGAGAAGUUGGAGAAGGAACUUAAGGAUGAUGGUGUAGUGAUUGCCUGCCGCUUUCCAUUCCCUGAUGAUUGGGAACCUGCAGACUCCAUUGAUGAAGGCAUUGACACUGUGUGGCUGUAUAAGAAACAGCAAGCUGGAGCAUCUGCUGGAGCAUCUUGCAUUGAGCAGGAAGGAGAAAGGGAAAGGUGACAGAAAUAAACUGAUGGAUUAUUAAUCGGAAGACUGAGGCUUAUCACAGGCUACGGCUACGGCUGGAUGGCCAUAUCAUUAUUGGUUGAAGACAUCUACAUCUUCAGCAUCUCCCUUACUAAUGAUAAUAACAACAAUUAGUUAUUAUGCCUCUAGCUAUAGUAUAGGGCAACCUCGGUAGUCUAGUUGGUAAGACACUGCUUUAGAAUUGCAAGGGUCGUGGGUUCGAAUCC